AGGAAAAUUGUAUCAGCGUUCAACGUAGGACCGCUAGUGCGAUGCAAAGCAGACAGCUUUUCGAACUGCUUUUUGUGGCCCCUUGGCAAGCCAGGUGUGCCUUAGUGGCCAUUAGUUAGUAUGACAUAAGGGAAGCCGGGCGAGGAGUGCUGGCGAGGAGUGCAGCUCGUAGGCUGACCACGGAGGGCGCUUGCACCAAAGGCCGGAAAGCGGAGCAUUGAAAUGUCGCAUCUGAAACGAGAACAUACCGUCGCACAUUUGGACGGUCCCAGUAUUGACGCAUUCUUAUUUAAUCAGCCAGCAGUCAGCAUGCAGGGAGCAGGCGCUGCUCCCCCAGGAGGUCCGCGUGGCCUGGCCGGCCUUCGAGCGAGCACCAUGUGGCGGUUCCGCAAUCCAAGUGUCAUCAAGGUCCCUGCAUGGAGGACCGAGCCGCAGGUGAACCGGCGCGUGCCUGGAAGCACCACCACUAUUCCGCAACCGUUGAUGCCGGCAGCCUCAGACCGCGGCAAACUAGUGCCCUUCUCAAGCUACCUGCAAGCGGUCAUCCAAAAGGACUACGCCGUUGGCUACCUCUGCCUCACCAUGCUGAGCAAGAGCACCACCGCCCUGUGUGUGCUGCUGGAGGUGCUGCAGCAGGCGCAGGCACAGCAGCUGCAGCAGCCUCUGCCAAGCGGUAAAAAGGCGCUUCAAGGAAACGCCUCUGCCGGGCCCGUCCUAGCGCGGGCGCUGGAGGAGCUGUCGGCGCCGCGGCCACUUGUCCGCAAGAUGGCGGCUGUCGGCAACUCGCGCAACUCCGUACCCUCGCGUGCGGACCUGGUGAAGGCGCUGGGCCUGUCCUCGGGUCAUGGCCUGGCACCCCAGGUGGUGCAGCCGGAGGCCGGCCCGCACACAUCCGAGGCGUCUGUUGGCACGUCAGACGCAGACGAUGUGCUUGGCAGCUUCCCACUGCCAACCCGUGCACCAGCUGCGAGCAAGGCCGGCGAUUGCGUCGGCGACGGUGGCACGUCAGGGGGUGGCGGUGGUGUAGGCGGCGGCGGUGGUGGCGGUGGUGACGGUGGCGACAGCGAGGGCCCCGAGCCCGAGCGUGAGCCGGCAGCGCCGGCCCCACUGCGCUGGCUAGCUGUGGCGCUUUCGCUGUCCCUCAUGCUGCCGCCCUCUGGACUGGUCGAGCUUGCAGUCAAGCUCAGCCGGGCGGUGUUAGCCGACCCCUGCACCCUCGUGCCGCCGUCCUAUGGCGGUGACUUGCCCAGCAGCCCAGCCCGGCGCCCGCGCCUGGCCCGGCGCGAGGGGCCUCGCCGCCGCCGGUUCGCGCUGGUGCAGCACGCCGCCGUGCAGGCGUCCGACGGUGAGAACGUGCUGCUGCUGCACCCCGCCUCCGUCGCCGCGGCGCUGCUGUUCCCGGCCGUGAGGGCUGAGUCUGGCGCGGCCGCGCCGCGCACGACCGCAGCGGAAGAGCUGCGGCGAGUGCUGGCCGCGGCCGCGGCGCUUGUGCCCGACGACGCGCGGCUCCGCUUCCAACACGGCCCCCUGCCGGGCUCGACUGUUGGCGAGGGCGGCAGGGUUGUUGGCGGCGCCGGUGGAGCCAGUCGGUCGGCUGCAGAGCUCGCGAGCAUGUCGCUGCGCUGCCAGCUGGCGGGGCUUGCAGAUGCGCUGGAGGCAGCGCGAGAGCGCGAGGCGGCGCUGGCGGCGCGGCUGAUCACGCGGCGCGCCGUAAGCCUGGCAGUGCAGCAAGGCAAGGUGGUGGAGUUGACAGCCGCGCUGGACGAGUCGGGCGAGGCGCUGGCCGCCAGCCAGAGCCGCAUGGACGCGAUUGCUGCGCACAUGGAGGAGCUGCAGGCUGAGCUGGAGGCGGACCUGGCCGUGCUGUGGGGUCAGCUGCAGGACGUCACCGCGCACCGCGACGCACUCAUGGUGGAUAUGGAGGCGGAUGCUCAGGCAGCGUCCGUCAAGGCCGCGCAGCUGGCGGCAGCCUGCGCCGCCCGGGAGCAUCUGGCGGCGCAGCUGGCGGCCGCCGAGCACGCUGCGCACGAGGCUGCGGGCCAUUUGGCGGCAUCGGCAGAGCAGCUGGAGGCAGCGGACGCGGCAGUGCGGGCCGCGGGCACCGAGCGCGACCAGGAGCGAUCCCGUGUCGCCCACCUGUCUGCGGAGGUUGAGGCGGCGGUGCGCUUGGCGGCCAUCCUGGAGGCCGCUCUGGGCUCCGAUGCCCCAGCAACCACGCUUACCUCAACCCGCGCAAUCGCAAAGGCGUCCCAGCAGCACGACAGCGAUGACGACAUCCGCUCACCCACCGACGACACAGCGCAGUCGCUUGAUGCCGCCGCUGCUACCGGCAUUGCCGCCACUGGGGACGUCCAGCAGCUGCAGCAGACGCUGCGCCGGCUUCAGCAGCGGGCCGAUGAGCUGGCGGCGCUGCGGCAGGAGCGUGCCCAGCUGGCGGCGGCGGUGGAGGCCGCGGCGGCGGCCCAGGCCGCAAGUGCCACCGCACUGGCGGCUAGCCAGGCCGAGGCGGCGGCACUGGCGGCUGACGUGUCGCGGCUGCAGGCGGAGCUUGCGGAGGCGGCUGGGGCACAACAGGCUCUGGAGGAAGAGCUCAGCAAGACCUGCAGCAUGCUGACGGAGUUGCAGGGCCGCCUGCGGCACUCGGACGAUUCGCUGGUGGAGGCGCGCCGCGGCUGGAACGACAGCGAGGCUGAGUUGGCCGCCGUGCGCUCCCACCUGCACGCGGCCAUGACGCUGAAGCUCGCGCAGCCGCCGCAGGCCGGCGGCGCCGUCCGCGCGCUCAGUGGCGGCCAGAACAGCAGCGUGCAGCCCGCUGCUUGUCUGGCCGCUGCCGCCGCCGAGCGCCUGGCCUGCCUGCAGGCGCAGUGCUCCGACCUGGGCGAGCAGCUGGCGGCGGCACAGCGGGAGCGCCAGGACCUGGAGAUGGCCCUAGGCGACAGCCGCAGCGAGCGCGCGGCGCUGGAGGAGCAGCUGAACACCAGCGGCGGCGAGGUCGAGGCGGCGCGGCGCCGGCUUGAGGAGGCGGCGGCAACCCUGGCGGCUGCAGCAGAGGAGGGUGCCGGCCUGCGGGAGCAGCUGGCCGUGACGGCGCAGAAGCUCGCCGAUGCGCAGGCGGAGGCGGCCGCCGGCGGCACCCGCAGCCGCGCUGCGGAGGAGGCGACAGCGGCACUGGUAGAGCAGCUUGAGGUGGCGCAGGCCGAGGUGACGGCGCUGGCGACGCAGGUGGCUGCGGCCCAAGCCGACGCAGGCGCAGCGCGUGCAGCGCUAGAGCGCUCGGCGGAGGCCGCCGCUUCCGCCGCCGAGGCCCUUCGGGCCGAGGUGGCGUCGCUGCAGGGCCAGCUGGCGGCUGCUGCUGCUGCACGCGAGACUUCGGAGUCGGCAGUUGAGGUGCUGCAAUCUCGGGUGUCCACACUGGAGGAGCAGCUCAAGACAACCGCCAGCGCCCGCCGGGGCCUGGACGAAGAGGUAGCUGAGAGCGCCCAGCGCGAGACGGCUCUACGGUCAGAGCUGGCGGUGUUGCGGAAGGAUCUGGAGGUGGCGCAGGCGGCGGUGGCGGCGGCGCGUGAGGCUGAGGACAACCGCGCUGCGGCGGUGUCUGCUGCCUCCACCAAUGCCGCCAACUUGCAGGACACUGUCAGUGAGCUCGUGGCGUCGCUGGAGGCAAUGGAGCUGCAGCUGCAGCAGGCGCGCAGCGGCAGCGGCGCCGCCCUGGCGGAGGCGGAUGCCAAGGCAUCUGCGCUGCAAGCUCUGCUGGCUAGCCGCGAUGAGGCCAUCUCUGCGCUGCAGAAGCAGCUAGCGGAGUUGGCUUUGGAGCUGGAGACCGCGCGUGCGGCCGCGGCUGGAGCGGUUGAUGCGAGGGCAGCGCUGCAGGAGCAGCUCGCUGCGCAGCUUGCGGAGCUAGCUGCGGCGAUGCAGGCUGCGGAGGUUGCGCACGCGGCCGCUGCGGCAGCCGCCGCGAGCCAGCAUGCGACCGCCGCUGCCGAGCUCGAGGGCCGCUGCAUUGACAGCGAGGCCGCGGUGGCAAGCCUGCGCCUGGCGCUUGCGGACAGCGAGGCGGCACGCCUGGGACUGGCUGAGCAGCUGGCGGGCGCGGUGUCUACGCGCAGCUUGCUGGAGGCCCGGAACGAGGCAGUGGAGGCGGACGUGCAGGCUCUGCGUGCGGCGGCCGUGGAGGUGGAGGAGCGGCAGGUGCGCCUGCAGGAGCAGCUGGCGGCAGCUGAGGCAGCGCAGACGGAGCUUGUGGCUGAGGCUGCGAGCCGCGAUGCGUGCCACCGUGAGGUGCAAGUGGCACUGGCGGCCAGCGAGGCCGAGCGCGAGUCAGCGACGGCGCGGCUGUCAGAGGCCACGGCAUCGCUGGCUGAGUUGCAGCAGCGCUUGGCGGAGACCGAGACCCAGCGCGCUACCCUGCAGUCAGAGCUGGCCGCAGCCAAAGAGGCCAGCGCGGAGCUGGAGGAGCGCCUGGCGGCUGCUGAUGCAGACCGGCAGGAGCUGACGGCACGCCUGGCGUCGUCCGCGUUUGCGCGGGACGAGCUUACGGCGGCCCUCGCUGCAGCCCGCGCCUCGGCUCUUGCGGCGGAGGCCGCGCUGGCCUCGGCUGACAGUGACCGGGAUGAUCUGCAGCAGCGCCUCGCUGCCGCUGCAGAGGCUCGCGCGUCCUUGGAGGCGUCGCUUGCGGCAGCUGGCGGCGUGGCUGGCGACAUGAGCCGCCAGCUGGAGGCGGCCGCAAUAUCUCGGCGCGCGCUGGAGCAGCAGCUGGGGCUUGUGCAGGUGGAGGGUCGCAGCGUAGCAGAGGCACUGGCGACGGCCGACGCUGACCGCGCAGCGCUGACGGGUCGCCUCGCCGCUAUUGCUGCCGCCUGCCAGGAGCUGGGGGUGCAGGUUGCGGUGGCACAGGGUUCCAGCGCCGAGCUGCGCGCCGCCCUGGCCGAGACCACAGCCGAGCGUGAGACCCUGCGUUCCCAGGUGGGCGUGUCCAGCGCGAGCCUGUCGGCAACGGCGGCGCAGCUGGCGGCGGCAAAGGCCGCUCAUGCGGAUGUGGAGCGGCGGCUGGCGGCUGCAGCAUCUGAACUGGAGGCGCUUCGUGCUCAGCUGGCGGUUGCGGAGGGAGAGCGUGAGAGCCUUGCCGCGGCUGUGCCUCAGGCACAGUCGGAGAACGCCCGCCUGACGCAGCGCCUGUCCGAGGUUGAGCAGGAGCGGUGCAGUGCUUCGGCCGCACUAAGCGCGGCUGAGGCUCAAGGUGCCGCGCUCGCCGGCAAGCUCGCACAGGCAGUGGAGCGGCAAAAGGAUCUGGAGGGCAGCCUGGCAGCGGCAGAGACCGAGGCACAGCAGCUGUCUGAGCGCCUGCGUGACGCCGACGCCAAAGCUGUGGUGUCUGGGGCGGCACUUCAGGAGCGAUCUGCCGCUCUGGCGGAGGCCGCCGGUGCCAACACCAAGGCCCGCGACGCUGCCGCCGCUGCGCACACCGCCCGCGCCGAGACUGAGCAGCAAUUGGACGCGGCACGUGCCACUGUGGCGCAGCUGCAGCAGCAAGCUGAGACCACCGCCGCCGAGCGGGAGCGGCUGCGGGCCGAGCUUACCGCUGCGGACAACGACCGGUCACAGAUCACAGAGGCCCGGGCCGCUGCCGAGGCGGCAGCCCAGGCGCUGACGGCUGACCUGACAGCGGCCACGACGCGUCUGGCGGAGACAGAGGCCCGCCUGCGCGCUUCCGAUGCGGCCAUUGCGGGCCUCAGGGCCCAGCGCGAGGCUGGUGAUGGGGCUCUUAAGGAACUGGCGUCCCAGCUGGGGGCUGCUGAGGCGGCGGCGGCCGAGAUGCAGGCCAAGUGGCAGGCCCAGGCCAAGCAGCUGGAGGCCCUCGAGGAGGAGCGAGACCAGCUGCACUCUCAGGCAGAGGCGGUGGAAGCUGAGCUGGAGGCGCUGCGUAAGGCAGCGGCUGAGGCUGCGGCAACGGCGGAGUCCCAGAAGGCUGCUGCGGCUGACAGGCUCUCCGCGGCCGAGGCGGGGGCCGCUGCGCUACAGCAACAGCUGCUAGCGGUGGCGCAGCAGCGUGACCAGCUGCACUCUCGGGUCGAGGCGAUGGAGGCCGAGCUGCAGGCGCUGCGUGAGACAGCGGCUGAGGCUGCGGAGGCGGCUGAGUCGCAGAAGGCUGCUGCGGCUGACAGGCUCUCCGCGGCCGAGGCGGGUGCCGCUGCGCUACAGCAGCAGCUGCUGGCUGUGGCGCAGGAGCGUGGCCAGCUGCACUCUCGGGCCGUGGCGAUGGAGGCUGAGCUGGAGGCACUGCUUGAGGCAGCGGCUGAGGCUGAGGUGCGGGAGGCGAGCCUGCAGGAGCAACUGGAGGCGACUGAGGCGAUGCGGUCGGCCUUGGAGGAAGAGGCGGAGGCCAGCGACGCCGUGUGCGCCCAGCUUCAGGCCAAGGCUGAGCGGUUGGAGGUGGAGAAGGCGGAGUUGCUGGAGUACGUCGCCGAGCUGGAGGCAACUCGUGAGGUGCUGCAAGAGGCGCUGGAGGGUGCCGAGACCAGCGAUGCCGAGCAGCGCGCCAAGCUCGAGGCUGCAGUCGCGUCAGCUGUGGAGUUGGAGCAGCGGCUGGCGGCCGCGCUGGAGGCGGACGCCGCUGGCCGGCAGGUGCUGCAGCAGCGGCUUGACAAGGUGCAGGCCAUGUCCACGGACCUAACGGCGCGGCUGGCGGCGGCGGAGUCGGAGACGGCGACGCUCACUGGCAACCUCUCUGCGGUCGAGGCGGAGGUCGCCGGUCUGAAACAGCAGCUGAUAGCGGCGGCGCAGGCGCGUGACCAGUUGCAGGCGCGUUUUGCCGCGGCCGAAAAGGAGCGCGUGCUGUCCCAAAACCGGCUGGCGGCGGCAGAGCACGAGCGCGAUGCCCUGGCUGGACAGCUGCGCGGCUCUCAGGCGGAAGCCGCGGAGAUGGCAGCGGCGCUGGCGGCUGGGGAGCACGAGCGCAGCCAGCUGGCGGACCGUCUGGCUGCGUCUGAGGCUGCUGCUGCGGAGCUAAAGGCGGAGCUGGAUGCGGCGGCGGCAGAGCGCUCAAGCCUGGCCACGGAGCUCGCCGGCACGGAGGUGGCGCGUGUGGAGGUGUCCAAGCAGAUCCAGGAUAUCAGCAUGCGGCUGGCGCGCAAGUCCGACAACGCCGUCAUCCGGCGCAUGACGCAGACCACCGCCGUCCUGGAGCAGCUGGAGGAGCUGGCGGCGGCAGCCGAGGCAGAGCGCAGGCGCAUGCAGGCGCGCGAGGCGAAGCUGCUGGGCCGCGUGGAGGGCCUGCAGGCAGAGAACGGCCAGCUGGCGGUGCGCGGCCUGGUGCGGCUGGCUCUGGCGCGCGCCUGCCUGCGCGCCGUGGACGAGGAGCGCGAGGCGCUGGCGGCGCAGCUGGCGGAGCUGACCUGCGGCUUCGGCGGCCUGCUGGGGUCGGCCGGCCGCAGCCCUGCCGGCUCGCGGCUGGUCGUUUCGCCGGGAGCGCUAGGGGUCGGUGUGGGUUCAUCGUCGGCAGCGGACCGCAGCGGCGGGACCAGUCCCACUGUGGCGGCCGCCAGCAGCGGCUGCAGCUCGGGCGGCACGGGUGUGGCGGGCGGCCAGCAGGAGCAUGUGCGCGACCUGGAGGCCUACAAGCGCCAGCUGGACGAGGUGCGGCGGCAGAUGGAGGAGACGCUGCGUGAGGCCAGCUACAGCAUGGCGGGCGUGGACGCCGCGCUGUCAGUGCCAUGCGCUUUCCCGCAGCUGAAUCUGAUGACGGCGCAGAGGCCGUCGCACUCGGCCGCCCUGCGCGCCGCUGAGGACGAGGAGCGGCGCGACUCGUUCUCCUGGAUGCCUGACAUGAACCACAUGGGAAACAUGCUGGAGCGCCGGGCCACGGAGGGCUCUGGCCGGGAGGCGCAGGAGGCGCAUGUCGGCCCCAUGAGGAUGACGGCGUCGUCGUCGGUGCACUUCAAUCCCUCGGCGCCCUACAGCACGCCCGCCACCACCUACCGCCACUACGGCCGCGGCGGCCGCGCCUGGACCGGCGGCUCCGGUGCCGCCGGCGGCCCGGGCGCCAGCGGCGGCUCUCGCCUGGCACCCGGCGGCAGCGGCGCCCGCGGGGGCCCAGGCGCCGGUGCCGGCUACAGCCCCGGCACUGGUGCCGGCUACAGCCCCAGCACCAGCGGUGCGCCCAGCCCGCCCAGCCGCACCACGCCCCCGCGCCCGCUGGAGGCCAAGCUGGCGGCGCUGCAGGCCCAGCUGAACAAGGCUGGCGAGCUGGGCCGCAUGUGGGAUGAGCGGCUGGACGCGGCGGCGGGGCGGCCCGAGGCCAGCAUCAUGGAGACAGUGGCGGCGCGCAUGCAGGCGCAGGCCGAGGAGAUCAUCAAGUCCAGCGCGGAGGCCUCGCUGCGCGGCUCCCACGAGUCCCAGCAAGAGGCACAGCACGCGCACCCGUCAGCCGGCGGUGGCCUCUUCCUGCUGCAUGGACGGGAGCAGCUGCGCGGCAGCUUCAUCAACGAGUCAGACGAGCAGGAGCAGGACCGCGAUUACGACCACCACCACCACCGCGAUCGCCACCGCGGCCGCCAACACGACUCUGACGUCACCUCGCCCACCGCAGCCACAGCCGCAGCCGCCACCCAUCGCGCCUCCACCGACCUGGGCUCAGUGGCGCAGUCGCUCCUUGCGCUUCGUGGCGGCGUCUCGACCCUGCUGGCUCUGGUCGCCGACGCCGACACCUCUGGGGCCGGCUCCGAUGGCGACGGCGGCAGCCUCAGCCUGCGCUCCUCGGCGCAGUCGGCGUCGGUGCCACCGCUGUCGGCUCAGCAGCACCAGCAGGCGCUGGUGGCGCUGAUGGCGCACGUGCACAACCUGGAGCAGCAGCUGCUGGGGGCCCAAGCGCCGCUGGCGCACACCCCGCCGGCAACAGCAAAGGCCGCCGCCGACGUGGCUGUGGCAGCUCCGCUGCCUGCUGCCUCUGGCAGCGCCGCAGCUGGCACUGUCACAGGCGGCAGCAUGCUGCUGCUGGCGCCGUCCAGCGGCCGCACGCCCGCCUCCUACGGCCGCUACCACGACCACCGCACCGCCGCGGCCACCACCGCCACCACCACUGCCGGCGUCGAGGGCGAUGACGACCCCCACCCCAGGGAAGUGGACGAGGACGUGGACGGCGACGGCGGCGACUUCAUCUCGCCGCCCCACAGCCGAGGCUCGCCUGCGGACAGCCCCCGCGCCCAGGACGCCGCCUCCAAGCCGCUCGCGGUGGGGCUCAGCGUGGACGCAGAUUCCCAGGACGUCAAGCUGACACUGGUGGCCCAGGCGGUUGCCGCCGAGCAGACGCAGGCCCAGGCCCAGCAGGCUCCUCCGCCCGGUGGUGGCGGCCGCCGCCUGGCCGCCAUUCACGCCGUGGCAUUCGAGGUGGCAGUGGCCGCGCCCUGCGAGGCCGCCGCCGCCGGAGCUGCGCCGCCGUCCAGCCUGACCUGGCUGGUGGGCGCGGACGGCGCCAAGAUGGGGCCAGCGCCGGCGUUUGAGCAGCAGGUCAAGGAGGCCACAGUGAUGCCGGUGGAGGUGGCGGCGGUGGCGGUGGCGGCGGCGGAGGCGCCCUCAAUGCCUCUCAGCUGCGUCACCCGCGCCGUCAACAACGGCGCCAUGGCCGCCACCGCCACGCCCCGCAGCGCCGCCACCGGCCCGGUCUCCACCGCCGCCUCUGAGGGCUGCGCAUCCAGCCUUCUGGACAGCACCGCCACGCCGCGCACCACCUCCGGCGCCGUGCCGCGCGCCGCCUCCGGCGCCGGCAUGGCGGUCGGCGCCACGCCCACCGGCCCCGCCGCCCGACCCCUGGACGCCAGCGCCGCGGAGCAGAUGCUCCGCUAUUCCAACCCCUGCUUCGCCCGCACGCCCGCCGCCGCCGUGGUGGCGGCAGCCGCCACUGCGGACGCGGCGUCCUCCGCUGGCGGCGCCGCCACUGAUGAGGACGGCCAUGUCCCGGCCAUGGCUGACCUGGACGCGAUGGCUGAUGACGAUGCGGGUGCCGCGGCGGCCAUGGCGGCGGCGGCGGCCCGUGACGGCCUCCCGCUGCCGGCGCUGGAGAUGACCGAGUCGGUGGACAUCACGGCGCUGAGGGCGGCGCGGCGGCGGCACGCCGUCAGCGAUGGCAGCGGCGACGCCGGCGCGGCUGCGUCGGGCGUGCAUGAUGGCCGCACGUCUGCGCCCGGCACCGCCCCCAGCUGGUCCGGCUCCAGCUUCCCAAUGCACCCCGAUGCCGGCGCCGCCGCCCCCGUCCACUACAGCCAUGGCUCCGGCGCCAGCUACGGCGGCGCCCCCGCCCCCGGCAGCCAUCGCACCUCGUGCGCCGGCAGCAUCGCGGAGAGCCUGCCUGGCGGCGGCGCCGCGUCCUUGGCGGGGCCGGGUGCUGCGGACGUGGGCGACAGCUACAAGGUGGACCCGCGGGCCAGUGGCGGCGGCCUGUUCUGCAUGCCGCUGGUCAGCCGCAGCAGCCGCAGCCGCAAGUUCUCCUUCCGCUUGCCCUCGCGCCAGGGCUCCAGGUCUUCCACCGUGUACCCCGAGCACGCAAACGGCAGCACCGCGGGUGCAGCCCCCGGUGCCCCCGGCGGCGUGGACCUGCAUGCCAGCACCGACAUGUCUGCUCCUGACAACCUGAGCGUCAGCAGCCACGGCACAGGCAUUACGCACGCCACCGGCGCCGCGGCUGCCAGUGCAGGCAACGCCUCGUGCCACGGCCCAGCCGACCUACAUCCCCGCCAGCACCGGCCCACCGUUUCAAUGGAGCAUUUGUCGCUGUCCAACGGCGGCGCCGGCGCGCUGCUCACACCCAGCGCCCUGCCGCCGCCGCUGCCGCCGCUACCCCACAAGGCCAGUGGCAGCAGCAGCAAGAGUGGCUCCUUCCUUAAGAAGCUGAAGAGGGCCGUGGGCAUGGGCGGCGGCAGCAGCGGCGGCGGCGCCAAGGGCCCAGUCAGCAUGCCGCCACAGCCCACGCCCACCCCGCGCGUGUCGGCCUCGUAAGGUAUGAGCGGCAGUGGCCACCCAUCCCAGUUCGAUAGAGGCAAGAAGUAAGGUGGCCAUGACGGCGUGACAAAGUAUGGUGUACUGAGGGAGGCAGGUGACAAGGCGACAGGUAGUGCGCAGGGGAGGUGUUGCAAGUAGGGUCCGGAAACAGACACAGCGCAGAAGGUUCGUGCAAGCCCAUCAAGUAGAUAGUGUCUCUGUCUGUAGCGGCCAUAGACUGAUAAGCGGACUUACAGCAAAUGUCCGCGUUGACAAGUAUGGUGGUUUUUAAUCCCAAGGGUUUAGUGCAAAACGGUAACACUUCAGUAGCAGGAGCGGUUGUAUUUGUGUAGAGGUAGCAAUUUGUCUGUCGACAGGCGCGUGGGAUAUGCCAGUAGGGGUGUACCGAAGCCUGCAGGUAGGGGUUAGGGCACAAGUGGUGCCAGCUGAUGAUGCAGUGCGCAAGGGUAACGACCCGGAGAGGCGGCAGCGUGGAAUGUUUUUACUGGAGAUGUACAAGUUGAAAGACGUCACGUGUUGUAGGAUCACCAGACCACUUCACUUGUCACCCCACUAUAAUAGGCGGCAGGGCAGGGAAAAGUCGGGCGGAACGAGAAGCAAUAGGUUGAGGCCGGCCGGCAUCUGGUUGGCAGUCUUUGCUGGCGAGCACAGCACCGCGCACUAUGUGGUAAGCCGCAGCAGUGAGGAGUAUUGUGGCUAGAGGAGUUCCUGCUGUUUGGUUGAUUGCUGGCUGUGCUUUUGCGUGGCAGCGGGACGUGGCUGGACGCAUGGCGGGCCGUGCAUGUACGAAAUGACCCCGGCUAUGUCCGGGAGAUAAGGUAGACGCUUGCGGCCCCAGACUACAGACGUGCCGUGUCACUCUGCCACUUAGCGCCAGCCUGCGUUGAUUUCUCCUUGUUGGAAAGUCGCCGGUAUGGUCGACUGUCACUCACACUAGUUACACGGGUUACACCGAACGUUAGGCAAUGCAGGAAGUAGCGUGCCUAGGAAAGUGAGGAUGAAUGGGCAAUGCAACAGGUGCUGCGGGCGCAAGUAGCCGGGGAAGUUGCAUGCGGACGUUGCGCGAUCUAGGCGGGAUAUAAGCCGGCGUUGGCACGCCGGACUUACACCAGUCUUAUUCUACCUUACUGGGUCAAUGUAACAGUAUAAG